CCCUUGUCCUCGCUUCCUCUCUCAUAGUACAUUCACUGCUCAUUACUCUCUGGUCGUGGAGAAAACUCCCAGCGUCUCCUUUGCAAAUGGGCCCCGUUGCCUAGCGUCUACCCCCCAGAGCCAGGCUCCUGAAAAUACAGCAAGUCGGGAAAACAGGGUUUACAUCAUCUUAACUCGGACCAGGAUCUGAAACAUGGCAGCCAUUCCAUCAAGUGGAUCACUUGUAGCAACACACGAUUAUUACAGAAGGCGCUUGGGGUCUACAUCCAGUAACAGCUCAUGUGGCAGUGUGGACUACUCUGGAGAAGUCAUCCCUCAUCACCCAGGUCUUCCCAAGUCUGAUCCUGGUCACUGGUGGGCCAGCUUCUUUUUUGGAAAACCAACUUAUCCUGCAAUGACAACGGUUUCAGAAUCCCCAGAACACUCAGGAAGUUUCAGUGUGACCAAUGGCCUGAUCCCCUGCGGCCUGGCUCAGGAGCCGGUGAGGAAGAAUCUUGUCAGUGAGACCAAGAUUAACUCCAGCACCUCGGCCUGACCCUUUCAUGCAUUCCCUUCCUCACCUGGAAGACGCUAGGUGGCGGAGCCCUCCCCCUCCCCACCCCUCACCCAUGAGGCUGCCCUACAUGUAGUGUAGUUGACAUUUGUUUUUAAUAUAAAAAAAAUAAUAAAAAAAAAUAAGCUGUUUUUACACCAGUUACUGUAACAUUAAUUGUUUGGUACGCUGCCUUAAGAAGGCCUUUUUGUUUUUACUUGAUUUUUGUGAAAUAAAUUUGGGCAGCCUUUAAAA